GCACGUAUAUAGUCAGGACAGAUGCAGUAAAUAAUAUUAAUUGCUUGCAUGGACUUUUCUGAGCGAACACGGAACCGGGAACGACCGGGAAGGGGGAAGUACAGGGAAGUAGUCGAUGCGAGCUUCGCCGCUAUGUGGCUAUACAAUUGCAAGCCCAGCUAGGAGCAGGAGGACCAGCGGAGCAAACACACCGACAUCGUUGCCAGGUACUCCUCGCACUGCUUCGCCUGGCAGGACCAGCAAGUCUAACAACGUUGUGACAAGUCCACAUGGCAGCAUAAACUCAACUAUGAAUAACGAUCCGGGGGCUCAAGGCGAGACCUCUCCGGAGCUAGCCCCUUCCUGCCAGCAACCAAUUUCCCGCGACGACGAUUCCGAGGAGCUCCUAAACCCUGCGGUUACUGAGGCGCUAGAGGGCUCUACAUAUGAGGAGGGCGAUGUCAGCAUCGACGUGCCGCCUGUGCCGAGCGAGGAAGACACAGGGUCACCAUCCGGGGGACGACCUGGCCCGGACGACGUGUUCAGCCCGCUCGGCUGGGUUCGCCCGCUCGGCGAGGAGGAACCCAGCCUAGCGCUGCCACCCAUGAUGCAGUCGUCAAUAGAAAUUGAGCCAGAGGCCGAGGACGCACAGGCGUACGAACAGGACCCGAUGGCAGCUGCGGCCGUAGCCGGCCUGGUAGGGCCGGUGGAUGACAUCGAGUUCCCUUCCUCGCGGAACUCCCCGGACAUGCCUGGCGCCUCGUCUGUGUACCUCAGCCAGUGGGAGGCGCGCGAGGAGUCGCAGCCUCAGUCGCCGCGCUCCGAGCAUUCGGGCCACUCGUCUAUCUACCAGGGGGCAUCUGCCCGGACCAGCAUGAACGGAGCCUUCUACGAGCCGCGAGCGCUGAUCCGCUCCACGGACGCCAAGCCGGGCCUGGAAACCGGCGAUGUGGUCAUGCUGCUAAGCAAGGGCCGACCGUACAUCGCGGUGCAGGCCCAGCUGCCGUACAAGCAGGACAAGGUUCACACGGUGCUGGACGUGGCGGCCGACGAGCACCUGGCGCCGGAGAGGGAGGGGUUGGCCUACCUAGAGGUCAUCAAGCAGGGCCCCUUCCUGGGCUUCCGCUGCAGCGCGGCGGGCAACCGCUUCAUGCAGCCUCGCCGCAAGGCGCCCCACCGCCUGGUGUUCUUCAACUUCAACUGCGGCGUGUGGGAGCAGUGGGAAGUGCUGGCGGCAGGGGAGGGCGGCGGUGACGCUGACUGGCGCAACGCGGCGUGGUCGCAGGCGCCUUUCGUGUUCCGGAGCCGCCGCAUGCCGCAGGUGCAACUGGCCGUGGAGGUGGUGCGCGUCGGCUUCUACUCCCUUGUCAGUGGCGGCGGCGUGGCGGCGCCCACCCCAGGUGCGCCCGCAGCCCCCAUCUUCGCCCCCACGCCGCGCUCCUUCAUGCUGCCCAUGAUUCCCGAGGAGGGCAACAUGGAGGACCAGAACCUGCGCCGCAUCAGCAACGUGCUCGUGCUGGAGUGGUUCAAAUUCGUGGACCACGAGAAGGUGCUGCGGGAGGGCUUGGAGGCUGACCUGGCGGCGCUGCUGGAGGAGAUGGCGCAGCUCAAGCUCAACACCAUCAGCCAGGUGGAGUUCCUGCGCGUGUACAUGAACGAGGAGAUCACGUCCCUGCUGCACCACGUCACGUCCCGCGACACGCUCAUCGCCACGCUGCGGGCCUGGCUGCGGCGCACGCAGCAGGUGGCGGCGGACCACAUGGCCCGCCUGCGCCACCGCCGCGUGCUGCUGGCUUGGAGGAAUGUGGUGGACGACAUCGUGUACCAUAAGGCCGCCAUCCUUAAGCUGCGCCGCAAGCACAGCCGCGAGCUUCGCGACCGGGCCUUCUGGGCGUGGUACGGCCACGCGCGCGGCACGGCCGGCGCCAGCACCAAGCUCAUCUUCGCGGUGCAGCGGCGCUCGCACGCGCUCAUGUCGCGCGUGAUGCUGGGAUGGCAGGCCGUGAUUGAGCAUCGCAAGCAGGCCGUGCGCGCCGUAGCGGUAGCUGUGCAGCGCCGCUGCCAUCGCCUCAUGUUCACCUCGCUCCACGCCUGGCGCAUGCUGGUGGCGCAGCGCGAGCUGGGCCGCGCCGCGCUGCAGCGCGCGCUCAGCGCGGUGCGCCAGUGCUGGCUGACCGCCGCCUUCACCGCCUGGCGCAGCGCGGUGGCGUCAUCGCUGCGGACACGGGUGCAGGUGGAGCAGCUGGCGGCGCGGCGGUCGGCGCGCGCGGUCGCGGCGGCGCUGGGAGAGUGGCGGGCCGUGGCGCGGGCGCGCCGCGCGCUGCGCGUGAUGCUGGUGACGCACUGCUCGGAGGCGGUGAUGCACCGGGCGUUCUGCGGCUGGCGGGCCGAGGCAGUGGCCGCAACAGUGCGUCGGCGCGCCGCCGCCGCGCUGGCAUUCAGCUGGGGCUCGGUACACCAGCGGCUGCUGUUGCGCAGCUGGCUGGAGGUGGCCGUGGUAAAGCGGACGACGCGGCGGAAGCUACUUCGGCACGUGGCUUCGCGCAGCGGCUUGCUCAUGGGCCGGGUGCUGUUCUCGUGGCAAGCGCUCACUCAGGAGGCGCGUCGGCGCCGCAUGGUCCUAACGCGGCACGUGCAGAUGAUGGGUACCCGCAAGCUGGCCAUCGCGCUCAUUGGCUGGCGCUCCGUGACCAGCCGCAUGUCGGGCAUCCGGAGAAAAAUGAUCUCGGCCGUCACCCGCCUGUCCACUCGUAGGAUGUCGUCUGCCUUCACAUGGUGGCGCACCUACGCUGUCGCCCGCCGGGCGCUGACCGGCCGCGCUGCACUGGCCGGCUCCAAGCUGCGGCGACUGCGGCUGGACUGCCUGUUCAGCGGCUGGCGCGACCUGACGGCGCGCUUUGCGGCGGCGCGGCGCGGCAUGGCUGCGGCCUGCCGUCGUAUGCAGACACGUACGCUGUCUGCCCUGUUCCGGGAGUGGCACUCGGUGACCAAGGCCGCAAACGCACACCGCCGCGCCACCGUCCGCGCGCUCCCCGCCAGCACUCGCGACCUGAUGGCGCGCAUCCUGGCCUUGUGGUGGGCCCGCCACUGCGCCAGCGCCGGCAGCAUCAUAGACUCCUCCAACGCAGUGCGUGACCCCGGGUACUACGCCGCGGCGCAAGCGGAGCGCGCUCGGCAGUUCGCGCUGCGGUCAGCCGGUGGCGGUGCCAAUGCUGGCGGCCCUGGAGGCGCAACGGGCAGCGGCACGCCAAACCGUCCGGUCGCGCAGCAGUCGGGCGGGCCGGCGGCGGUUGUGCACCUUCCGCAGGGAGCGUCCGUGCCACCCACUCGCCGGGCCAACAACGCACAGGUGCAGCAGUUUCAGGGAGCCAGCGGCGCGCCUGCUGCUUCCGGCAGCCCGAGCGGCGCCGGAGCCGGCUCUGCUUCUGGCCUGACGGUGAUGAUGUCUCCCACGCGGCCACCGCUGCACCCGGGCAGUGCCGCUGUCUCGCCGCGCCACACCCGGGACAGCAGCAGCGGCAGCGGCCUGCCCAGCGCCGCCGACGCCGCCGCGGUGCUGUACAGCACCACCACGGUGACGCCGCAGCGGCGCGUCAGCAGCGGCGACGGCGUGUCCUACCGCGACGUCCUGGGCGCAGCCGCUGCUCGCACGCCCUCGCCCUCGCGGCCCGGCGGUGGCAGCGCCGUUGGUAGCCGCAGCAGCAGCGCCGGCCGCGUGCGUGGCAGCGGCACCGGUAUGGUGGCGCUGCCUCACUCGGCCCCCUUCAUUCCUGCCAACUCGCCUGUCAUUGGCGCGGGCUCUUCGCCGGUGGUGGUGGAGAUGGCGCCGGGCCGCGGUGCGGAGCAGCCGCAGCGGCUGACACCCAUCGGUCUGGCCGAGCUGCUGGAUGACGAGGACGCCAACGGCGAGGCCGGCGAGCUCGAGGCGAUGGCCUCGGUGUCCGGCUACGCGGAUGGCGGCUUGGAGGACACAGCCACGUCGCCCACUCGCGACGUGGGUGUGGAGGUCUCGAUGCUGGAGGACCGGGGCGGCGAGGCGGGUGGCUUCGCGGGCUUCGGCUCGCCGGCGGGUGGCGGCCACCCGGUCAGCGAGAUGGCGUGGGGCCCCGGCUUUGGCCCAGGCUCUGGCGGCCUGGGCCGCUGGCUGGCGGCAGCGGUGCUGACGCAGUGGCGGCAGGCGGCGGUGGCGCGGCGCGAGUGGCGGGAGCUGACACGGCGCGUGGUCCUGAGCCGCUGGCAGAAGGUGGCGGGUACCAUCUUCACGGCUGUGCGGGAGCGGGUGGCGCUUGCCCGCAAGCUGUCCAGCGUGGCCGACGUGCUUGGUGCCCGCAUCCGAAGCACCAACAACCGCCGGCUGCUGGAGGACGUGUUCGGAGCCUGGCAGGGCGCUGCACGCCAGAAGAAGCUGUAUCGCACGGUGGUCAGCCGCUUCAAGUCUCGCACCGUGCAGGGCGUGUCUCAGCUGGUGCUGCUAGAGUGGCAUAAGCUGGCGGCGGCGCGGGCAGCUACCAAGCGCCGCGUGGCUCGCCUCGUUGCCCGCCACUCUGCCACCCUGGCCUCCUCGGUCUUCCUGGCCUGGCACGACUACACGCGCCGCGCCGUUGAGCGCCGCAUUACUGCGGUUGACCAGGCAUCCCGCCGCUCCAAGGAGCUGCUGUUCAGCGCCCUCAACGGUUGGUGCGGAGCUGCCGCGGAGCGCCGCGCCCGCGCGGCUCGCGAUGCCCGCGCAGCGCGCUAUGCCCGCCGCCGGCGCCUGGCCGGCGUGUUCAGUGGCUGGCGCACGGCGGCUGAGGCGGCGGCGCACCGGGCGGUGGUGGCGGAGCAUGCUGGGCGCUCCGUGGCGCUGAGGACGGCAUUCGGUGGCUGGCUGCAGAUGGCGUCGUCAGGGCCACGCGGCUUCCUGCCGGUAGCAUUGGAGGCGUCCAUGCAGCGGGCAGUGGCUUGGCGGGACCGCCGCCUGCUGCGCACGUGCUUCAACGCCUUCGCAGACAACCGUGUCGAGCAGCAGCUGCUUAAGCGGCAGGCGACAGCAAUUCGGGAGAAGGCGGAGGCAUCCACGCGGGCGGCCAUUCUGGCGUCCUGGCGCACCGAGGCAGCGGCUGCGCGGCGCGCGGGCGUGGAGAUCCUCAAGAUGGGCGCAAGGCGCUGCAGGCGCACGGCGGCGCGCUGCUUCGCUGCCUGGCGCGGCCUGGUGGAUGCCCAGGCGGUGGCGCGGCAGGCGGCGGCGGAGCUGGCCGUCCGCUGCGACGCCGGCCUACUGGCCUUCGCGUUCGAGGCCUGGCAGGACGCGACGGAGCGCGCCAAGGCCGAGCGUGUGGCGGCAACGCAGCGCAGCGCGGCGGAGGACGCGCGGCUGCUGGCCGCAGUGAAGCGGCUGAGCCGCGGCUCGGUGUGGCGGGCGUUUGAGGAAUGGCGCCAGCUUGUGGCCCGGCGGCGGCUGUUCCAUACCAAGGUGCUGGCGGUGGCGCACCGCGUGGAGCGUGUCCUGGCCAGGCACGUGCUUGCGGCCUGGGCAGAUGUGACGGCGCGCAAUGAGGCCAUGCGCAUGCAAGCGAAUAAGCGCUUCCUCUCCGGGCAGCACAGCCUGCUGCGUCUGGUCUUGCGCGGCUGGCACGAGAGGACCGCCUACCUGCGCGCCGCGCGCGCCAAAGCGGAGUCGCGCGGACUCGUGGCAGAACGGACCCUGCUGCGAAGCACCUGGGAGGCUUGGUGCGAGCUGGCAGACGCGUCCAAGUACCGUGCGGAGACGGCGGAGCGCCGCGCGUGCGCGCGCCGCGACGGGCUGUUUCCGUCGCUGCUUCGUACCUGGGUGGCUAUGGCGCUGGCGGGCGCUGAGGCGCGGCGUCUGCAGCGCGUGGCGCUGGGGCACCUGCUGCUGCGCCGCUACCGUGCAACGCUGCGCCAGGCCUUUGGCAAAUGGCGCGGCGUGGUUGCGGACCGGCUGGCGCGGGAGGACGAGCUGCGGCGCUGCAUUAAGCGCAAGAAGCUGGCGUUCUCGCUGUUCAAGCAGUGGUACUGGGAGGCGUUCGACUCGGAUGUGCAGGCGACCAUUCGCCGCAUGUUCCACUCCACGGACCCAGCGGCCCACAGCCCCGAACCCACCCGGCGCUACACCACCGUGCAUGGCGCGUCGGCAGCGGCCAUGCCGCCGCACGACCCACAGCAGCAGCAACACCAGAUGACACGGCACGUGUAUGUGCAGCCGCAGCUGUACGGGCAGUACGGCAUAAAUACCAUGGGCACGGCUGCGCCGCGCAGCAGCGUUGCCGGCCUGCCGGUGGGCCCUGGCGCUGCGGUUGUGGGCCUUCAGAAUCGGCUGCUGCAGGUGCAGGCACAGCAGCAACAGCAGCAUCAGCUGCUGCACAGGCAGGUGGCGGUCUCCUCAUCCCACACCACCACCAACGCAACUACCGCGCGCACCCUGGCUUCGUCAUUCGAUGCCAUGGCAGGCGCCGCUGGACGCCCCAUGCCCGCAGCUACGCCCAUGCAGCCCGGCACCGCCGCCGCGGCGCUGUCUGCCGCCGCCGCCGCGACUUACACCAAGCGCACAAGCAUGGUUACGGUGAGUCGGCAGGUGGCCGCCACCACGGCGGUCACCAGCGCCGCUGCCGUGCUGGGCCGCGCGGGAGCUGCGGUGGCGGCGCCGCGGUCGACCCUCGGCAGCAUCCAGCUGCACUCGGAAUCGGACGAUUCGGAUGACCCGGACACCCUAGGCUCCAUGCGAGCAGCGCCGGCCGCAGCCGGUACCCGGCGGGGCAUUGAGCAAGCGGCUUCAUUCGGCUCCUGGGCGCAGCCCGGUGGCCGCGGCGCCGCGCCGGUGCCCGCCCCCGCCCCUGCGCCCGCUGCCGGUGCUAACACUGCUGCCGCCCGGACCGCUGGCGCGCUGGCAGCGUCCGUAAACAGCGCGCGUGCAGCCGCCACCGCUGCCGCCGCCGCAGCGACUGCGCCCGCGGGAAGCUCUGCCACCACCUUUGAGGCUGUCACCGCCAUGAACGCAGUGCUUGUGAAUGUGGCAAACCAGCUCACCGAGGUCUCUCGGGCAAGCCUGGAGAUUGCGGCGGGCGUGGUGGCGGGCGGCGCCGCAGGCGGCAUGUUGUCGCCCAACGCUGCACGUGCCUUUGGUGGCGCCGGCACGGGCCCUGGCAGCGUGGCGAGUGGCGGCGCGCCUGGAAGCGGAGGCGCCAAGCUGCCUGGCGUGGUGCCCACGUGGCGGCAGGUGGCCAGCAACCAGCUGUACGACGAGCUGUAUGACGGGGAGCAAGCAGGCGUGGCGGAGGGCGACGAAGGUGCUGGAGCGGUUGAGGGGCAGGCCGACGGGGAAGGGGCGGCAGGCGUGACGUAUAGCAACGUGAUAUUUGGAGAGGGCGAGCAGGAGGUCGGAGACGGCGAGGAGGAAGAGGACGCUUGAGGUUAAACAAUUUUGCAUUCGGGCGUGCGAAGAGGUUUGGAGGCAGUCUACUACGCCAGAGGCUUUGUGUUUUGCUGGCAGAACAGGCGGGGGCUUGAGAAUUUUGCGGACCGAAGUGCGAAGAAGACACUCAGACGGUGACCAGGAAAAUGCAUAUCGUAUAGGCGAUGUGACUGUGGCCGUGACUGUGGCCAGUACCGUAUGCUGUGAUUCGGCAAGCAGGGCGUGUUCUCACCCCGUAGGUACGCCCUUUGGCGCGGUGCCAAAGACCAUUGCAGAUCAGACGCCAAUACGGUAGUCCCUAGCCCCGCCGUUGUCUGUUUCGACACCCGUUGUGAUCCCCUAGAUCGAGGUGUUGAGAAACACCGAAUUAGGGAGGUCCAUCCAUCCACCGCAGUGUCAACUCCUCAGGAACACGUGUCCGUGAUGCGACCACAAAGGCCAGACGGCGCCGUUCCAACAAUGAUAUGUCUAUUUUGCUGCUUCAUGUGGUCCUAUCCGCAUUCUGUAUGGUGCCCUGUGCCCCAGCUGCAUGUUUCGGCUGAUGUUUGUCCCUGUGCUGCCAGAAUG